CUUGCGGGUGCGGCAGGAGCAGAGGCGGAUCCUGGCUCCCAAGCGUGAGCAUCCCGCGGUUGUCACCAGCUAGAGGCGGCGGCCUAUUGGGCUCUUUCAGUGGGAGGCGUGGGGGAGGUACGGAACUCGACCCUUGCGGGCUCCUUGCCCCAGCUGCGGGCUUUUGAGGAGCGGCAGGGCCCUGAAGGUGAGGGCUGGUCUGAACAGUUCUGUGAGCCGAGACCCCGGGCACGUGCGAAACCUCAGAAUGGAGGUGGACUAGAGGGAAGCGGUGAAGCUUCCCUCAAGAGCUCCGAAGCGGGGCAGAUGAGUAGGGGGUGCGCUGGCUGGUCGCCUGGAAUUGCAGGCUUUCAGUCCUUGGGCCACUCCUGCGGGUCGUCCCCGCCCACCAGCCAGAGGUGUACCAGCUGGUUGGGAUUGCUAUGGAGGGCCACAGGGGACUGGACAGUUAUCUCCAAGGCUAUGAUGACCUGGAUGCCUGUCUGUGUCUCUAGGAGGCAAGAUGGCUGCUGGGCCAAAUGGGCAUGAAGAGUGGGUGGGCAGCGCAUACCUGUUUUUGGAAUCCUUACUGGACAAGGUGGUUUUGUCUGAUGCCUAUGCACACCCCCAGAAGAAGGUGGCAAUAUACAGGGCUCUGCAGACAUCAUUGACAGAGAGCACCGAGGGCCAGAACAUGCUGCAGAUACUCAAGAUCCACCGCAGUGACCCGCAGCUGAUUGUGCAGUUGCGUUUCUGUGGGCGACAGCCCUGUAGCCGCUUCCUCCUGGUCUACCGUGAAGGGACGCUGCGCGCCCAGCUGCAAAGAUGCUUGGCAGCAGCACUGGCCCAACACUCCAUACCGCUGCAGCUGGAGCUACGCGCCGGUGCCCAGCGGCUGGAUGCUUGGCUGACAGAUGAGGAGCAUUGUUUGAAUUGCAUCUUAGCCCAGAAGCCUGACCGGCUCCCAGACGAGGAACUAACUGAGCUGGAAGAUGCGCUCUGCAAUCUGACGUUCGGUUUGGCACGCCAGGGUGAUAGCGUGGAUGUUGAUGUUGUCCCGGCCCCCUCGCAGUCCCUGAUCCCCUCUCCGCCAGAGGAGAAGCCACUGCCCUUGUCUGGACAGACGUUUCUAUUCCAGGGUCGGCCAGUAGUGAAUCGGCCACUAAGCCUGCAGGACCAACAGACGUUCGCGCGUUCAGUGGGCCUCAAGUGGCGCAGGGUGGGACGCUCACUGCAGCGUGGCUGUCGGGCAUUGCGGGACCCGGCACUGGACUCGCUGGCCUAUGAGUAUGAGCGCGAUGGGCUGUACGAGCAAGCCUUCCAGCUGCUGCGUCGCUUCGUGCAGGCUGAGGGUCGCCGAGCCACACUGCAGCGCCUGGUGGAGGCGCUGGAGGAGAAUGAGCUCACCAGUCUGGCAGAGGACCUGCUGGGCCUGGCAGAUCCUGAUGGAGGCCUGGCCUAGGCCAGGUUCCAAGGAAGCAGCGUAGGCCAGGAGCCCAGCAGCGUUUUGAGCAUCUGGAUGUCUCUAGGAUCCCUUCUGCUACUACUGCUGCUAUUGCUGACCCCCUUCCAAGUGUAUUGGAACUCUCAGACCACACCUAAAUCCCUCACUUCUCUGAGCUGCUGGAGCAGAUUUGAAUGCCUUCUCCAGGAUCCAUACAUUCCAUGAGCUCCUGGGACAUACCACUGAGAGAUUCUGCCCCAGAUUCUUUAAUGGAGACAGUAUAAAUGUCAUUCUCAUCCUC